UCGUUGUUGAACUAUACCCUUGGAUCGGACUUUGGAGGUCUUUGGUGCUUAGCCUUCGCUUUUACACCGAAAGGUAGGUAUUAUUUCAACCAAAAAUUCGUCCACGGAGCGCAGAUCAACGAAUCUCCGGCAAUUAAUUCAUUUGAUAUUACAAACGUAACUUUCGUUAAUCCAGUAGAAGACAUUCAAUCUAUCUAUAUGGACUCUAUCUUUGAAGAAGGUUCGACUGAAGUUUCUCUUGAUAUGGUUGAGGAGGGAUCAAUUCGUCAGGUAACUGCUACAAUUGACCCUCCUAUGCUUGAUCUCGCAGAUGUAACAUCUAGUUCAAAUCAGCCGGUUAACCAUUUUGUUGCAGCUAGGCAGUAUCUCAAAAGUAUUUUGGAACAAUUUCGUAUUCCGGGUCAAACAAUAACAGAUAUUAUUACACUAUUUAACACGUAUAUUAAUAGUGAUAAUGAUAUCUUCUCUGAUGAUAUGAUUCAAGAACGUCAAGAAUACGGUUGGGAAGAAAUCUCUCAUAGAGAUGGCAAUGUAUCAAUCUUUGCAGAUAUCGCCCUUCGUGUUAUCUCCGCUUCACCUUCAGAAGCAACAUGUGAGAGAACAAUAAAAGACCAAAGAUUGAUACUAAAUUUGAAAAGAUUACGUUCUCACAAAAUUUUAUUAGAUAGCCGAGAAAUUUUAAUGGCUACAAAAUAA